AUGUCUUUUGGUCCUCCCAACAGCGCGCCCCUCCCCUCUUCCUUUGACGAAAAUGAGGACUUCUACAACGAAAACACCAUCGACAAGAUAUGGCGCCGUCUCCGCGAAGAGCCCCUCGUGCCCCUCGGCUGUGGCCUCACCGUCUGGGCCAUUGUGGGCGCAACCCGCUCCAUGCGCAAGGGCGACCACAAAAUGACAAACGUCUACUUCCGCCGCCGUCUCUACGCACAAGCAUUCACCAUUGCUGUAUUAGUCGCAGGAAACUUGUACUGGCAAAAGGACCGUGUCAAGCGCAAGGACUAUGAGAAGAAGGUUGCAGAGAAGGAGCGCAUGGACAAGAGGGAGCGAUGGCUGAGAGAGCUGGAGAUGCGAGACGAGGAGGACAAGGCAUGGAAGGAGCGAAUGGCUAAGAGGGCUCGAGGCGCGGCUGAGGAUGUUAAGAGCGAGGCAAGGGGAGUUACGGAUAUGGUUGCUGAGAAGACAAGGGAGCUCAAGGACAAGACUAUGGGAAAAUAA